GACAGACGACGACGACGACACCAACACAAAAAGAAAUCCGCCGAUGGAAAUCCUAGUCCCCAGCGCAUUGUUUUAAGGCCAGACGUGUCCACCCAUGCCCAGAAGAACGGAAAGAAUCAGCUUUGAUUAGAAAGAAUCUCCAGGUAUAUUCCUCGGCCGCAGUAAAAAAAAAAAAAAAAUUAAAAGAACAAAAUCGGAGAACGAGUAGAAGAAAAAACAAACAAACACAAAAAAAAAUAAUAAUUUCACACAAAGCAGCUUUCGAACUUUUUCUCUUUUUAAAGUAUAUAUUCUCAGUAAUUCCAUGGCUUGUCCCUUUCCUUUUUUAUUUUCUCAUUCGCUGCGUAUCGUUGCAACAGUAUUGUUUGGAGGAAGUGAGAAUCAAUUGCGUUGGCGGCCCACCGUAAGAAUUUUCAUUUCACUGAAAAUUCUUUGGCCACUUGCUUUAUAUUUCCCCCCUUUUUUUAAAGCACUGUUUGUUGAAGUGUGCGCUUUUUUUGCCCCCCCCCCCUUUUUUUUGAAAAUAUCGUGAACGUCUCUUAUUUUCAAUUGGCUAUGGACCGGUUGGGGAGGAUGAGAGAGUGUAAGAACUCCCGUGUUUCGUCUCUCAAUCUCACCUUCCGAGUUGGAUCAUAUCAAGCUAAUAUUCAAAAUAAAUUUUUUAAGUUCCCACACGAUAAGGAUCUUACCUUACGUUUCUCCUCCGGGCAACUUAUGCGUUGCCAUGCGAAGUAACAAGUUUAUUUGCUGUUUGAUGGGCGUCACCUAGGCAACCAUCGGUUUACUUACUGCGGGCUUUCGUCACAAGACUAAGGCCUUAGCUUAAGUUGGUCGAAGGAAAAAGUGAUUAGCUCUGCACUCCAUAUUUGCUCAAGUACUAAAUUACCCAACAGUCGUUCAGUUAUGGCUACUAAUCGUGCAGGUAAGCUGUUCAUAUCGCUCACUGUAUUUGUAGAGACUGUUAUUAGUAGUGGACUCUCAUGCUCGACGAUCGGUCAUAGUCCACUGGUAACGUAAUGACCAUGGCAAGUGAAAACCCAUCUGGCUCCACCUGCAGUAAAUAGUAGCACUACCUACCACUUGCACCCCACCACUACCUUCGAACCCAUUGGUUUUAUAUGUGUGAAUUGGAGCAUAUGCUGCGCUAUUCACAUGUAGCUGAGCCUAUACUUAUUUCUGUUUGCUGUAACACAUCAUCAACCAAAGGCCGGAUAUCAUUAGGUCCUUACCUACCGGUUGAUUGAUAGCGUGCUCAAGGUAUGAACAGGUAGAAUUCUAUUGAUUCUCAUGUCUCGGAAUACUGCCGCACUUAAUCCCCACGGAAAAGAAAUAAAAAUACUGGAACCCAUUUGGUCACCGGCGUCGCCUACGGCCCCUUGGAAAAACGUGAUGGGGACCUCUUAAAUCAACAGCGCACGUCAGCAAGAGAAGCAAAAAGAAAAUAUAAAAUUUUACCAAACUACGGCGCUUGAUCCCCCCUGGUCGUGAUGUGUGGUAUUAUAUCGGAUGACGUUCGAUAUUUCACGAAAGAGGGAUCUAAUACCAGUUCCGACAGUCCUUCUCAACACGUUCGAGUGGCGAGCACAACGUCAUUUACCAGAAAAGAUUUGCCAUGGCCGGAUGUUUGCUCCCGUACGAUCCGCUGGAACAUACCAACAUGUUCUCCAAAGCUGAAAGCGAGGAGAGCGACGAAGAAGACGGAACCGGCAACGUGACGCGAAUGGUAAUGAGACCUCCAGGACAUUCCGGAAAAGCCAAGAAAGGUCAUCUUUGCCUCGACGCUUCAUUUGAAUCUGGAAAUCUCGGUAGGGUGGACUACAUCAGCGAGUUUGAAUACGACCUCUAUGUUCGCUCAGAUUCUUGCAAUCCCCGUCACCGCUUUUGGUUCAAUUUUACCAUCGACAAUGUUCGCCUUGAUCAGAGGGUUAUUUUGAACAUUAUCAACUUUAGCAGAGAAUCCACAUUACUUAGCGCUGGGUUGACUCCGCUAAUCAAAUCCAUCACUCGACCCCAUUGGGAGAGAAUGCCGACAACGCAAGUUUUCUAUCACCAAUCUCCGCAUCAUGGCGACCGAUACAUCCUGAGCUUGGCCCUCAACUUUGACGUUGAAGAAGAUGUUUACCAAGUUGCUCUGACUUAUCCGUACUCUUUCUCUAAACUGCAAUUCUAUUUGGACUUAAUUGACGAACAUUUCCCAUCCAUUAUUCACCGUGAAAUCAUCGGCCACACAAUUCAAAACCGGCCUGUUGAUUUACUGACUAUCACCAACCAAGCAACGGAAAGCGACGAGGAAACGAAACCUCUCCGGAAGAAAACUGUUUUUAUUAUUUGUCGUUCGCAUCCGGGCGAAUCUCCUGCAUCGAUUGUUUGUCAAGGGCUGAUUGAUUUUCUCGUGAGUUCUGAACCUAUCGCCAGAGCUCUCCGGGAAUUUAUUGAAUUCAAAAUCAUUCCUAUGAUUAAUCCAGACGGCGUGUUUAACGGCAACGAAAGAUCAUCGAUGGUGGGCGCAGACUUAAAUAGGGUCUGGAAUGAUUAUUCAGAAUACUUCCAUCCGACCGUCAAAGCAGCAAUGGAUGCUAUUCGACACUUGGACGAACAACCGGAUUCAAAUUUGGAAUUCAUUUUGGAUUUACAUGCUCAUCAUUCCUUAUUGGGAACCUUUCUAUACGGCAAUUCCUACGACGACUUCCUGAGGUUCGAGCGGCAUUUGUUGUUUGGAAAAAUUUAUUCCCAGACGGUUGAGGACUUCUGCAUGGGAAACUGCAUGUACAAUAAGGACAACUUAAAGUCUGGCACGGCACGGAGGUUUUUGAGUCACACAGUGAAAGAACAUGUAAACGUCUACAGCUUUUUCAUAUCAAUGAUGGGUUUCCAAUUACCUAAUUCAUCCGAUAUUCUUCUCUAUGACGAAGAAGGAUAUCAGCGCGCUGGAAGAAAUAUGGCUAGAGCAUUAUUCGAAUAUUAUAAAAUUGUGGGUCACAUUCCAGCCAGUUACAUCCAGUCUCUUCUUCCGGCGCCUGGCCGGAAGAAAACCAAGUAUGAAGUUCAGUCUACCUACCGCAACUUUCGAUCUGAAGGGAAGCAACACGCGAGCCGGAUCGACGGGAAAGAGGGCGAGGAAGGAGAUGGUUCAGCUUUCGCUUCUUAUCGUCGAGCUAAUCGAUUGAUUCUUGAAAUUGAACCUUGUUUCACCCAAAAUCCUUCCUUCCGACCUUUCUUACGCAAACCUGUCACAAUUCAGGUUAAAGACUCGAUGGAUUCAAGAUCGACAACUCCUCUUUCCAAUGGCCAGUCGUCGUCUAGCGGAGGAAACUCAGAUCCGAAAGUACCAUCCAUUCCAAGUCUAUCCGUUAUCGAUUUCAGUAGCUUGACAAUGAGUCGGAAAGAACUGCGCCAACUUCAUAGGCGAAAUUCUCCUUCUAUUUAGUUCACUAUUUUGUAAUUGAUGAUGCAUAAGCUUUAUAGGUAGCAGUAAUGGAGACUUAGAGCUCUGUCUGUAUUCGACUACCGGUUAAGAAAUUUCAUUCUAUAAGAGAUUAAGAACAAUUACCAGCAUUAUAUUCUAGUUUAUUUGCCGUUCUAAUGUAUAUCCCAUCAGCUAAUGUUAACCGGACUGUCUAAUAA